AUGUCAGAUACCCAUCGUUCUCAAGUAUUAAGUUUUAGAAGAAAAGAAAAGCUCAAGAAAAUUUUGCUUUCAGAAUUCGGCGUAAAAGUAAGAUAAAAUCAGAAAUUAGAAUACAUUGAUCAAGAAUUGAAAAAUGUUGAUGACCUAUUUGAUGAAGGGUUAGAUUUUGCAGGAGUUUUAGAAGAAAUAAGAAGAAGGAUUGAGAGAAAUUGCACACCGAUGUUUAAGCAGUUUCCGGUGAGACCUAAAGAAGGAGAAGAUGAAUGGGCCGGGAUCAUUAAACAUCAAGCUGAUGUACAAGAAAUGGCAGAAAUCCAAGCACAGCUUGAAGAAGCUGAAAAAAAGAAAAAAUACAAAGAAGAGCUUGACAAUUAUUUAAAAUCCCAGCAGCAAUUUAAAUCGCAACAAGAAUUAAGAGAAAGAAAUGAAGAAAAACAAUUAAAAGAUUUUAGUGAUGAGCUAAGCAGCAAUAUCAGCUCAAGAGACCAAUUUUUAUCAAGAAACCGCUUCCAAGUCCAAAAGCAGCUACAAGACGAAAGCUUAAACGAGUAUUAUAAAACUUUAGAAGAAAAACACGUACAAAGGGCAAAAGAUAGAGAAGAAUUUUUAAAUGGAAUCAAAACUGAAGAAGAAAAAGCCAGAAGAAGAGCUGAAAUUGAGAAGAGGGAAGCUUUUUAUAAGCAGCAAGAAAUCAACCUUUAUAAUGCAUACUUACUGAAGCUGAAAGAAAUGGAAAAAGAAAAAGAAAAAAUCGUGGACAAACAGUAUAUAAAUAAUGCGUUUUCUCAUUGAGAUGAUUAUGAAGAGAGGAGGCAAAGGUUUCUUUCUGAAUAUGAUGAAUUUUCUCACAAGUUUUAUGAAAUGCAGAGAAAAAUGCAGCCAGUUUCUCCUAUGGAAAUUAAAUCAAAAGAAGACGAAAUUAGAGCUUUGGAGUUCCAAAAAGCUCAAGCAGACUAUCAAAGGAGAAAAGAGUAUGAAGAAAAAAUAAAUCAAAUGAACAGCUACAAAGAAAACCAAGAAGCAAUUAAAAGACAAAUCAAAGAAAAGCAAGAAAUUAAUAAAAAGAUAAUAAAUGAGGACCAAAACUACGCAUUUUCUCUAGCAGAAAGGCAGCGCAGAUUAGAUUUAUUUGUAAAUCAAGAAAAACAAAGAAACCGGCUUAAACAGCAGCAGUACUCUGAGCUAAUUUCUUACCAAAUACAAGAAAAACAGUCAGAUAAAAAACGACUCCACAAGAUGAACGAAGAUGAACGGAAAAUAAACAGAAGAGACUUAGAAGCCUACCAAUUAGGCUCUCAUCAAAUCUACGCGAAAGUCCCAGGAUACAGCUUAACACCUACCAAUAUAAGCCAAUCCCAUACACCAGUAAGAAGAAAAAGCGAUUUAUCUAGUAAACUUUAUAACCCCAACAUGAACAACUCGUUUUCUUCUGGACGAAGCACACCUAAUAGGUCAGGAUAUUUAGCAUAUUAUGGAAAUAAUAUACUGCAAAACCACCAAUAA